AUGGCGGAAUUGCGCCGGAAAUCGAAUCGCGGGGAACUGCAGGAGAAAAGUGGACCGGUGGACUCGACGACCAACAAUCGACUCGCCUUGGCCUCGAGGGAGGUCUACACUGCAUCCUUUGCCUUCUUCGAGGCCCUCUGGGAGGCCGGCGUCUCCCAUGUCUUCGUCAACCUGGGCUCCGACCACCCUUCCAUCCUGGAAGCCAUGGUCAAGGGACAGAAGGAGAAACCCAACGAGUUCCCCAAGAUUAUCACCUGCCCCAAUGAGAUGGUGGCGCUGUCGAUGGCCGAUGGCUACGCCCGCUUAACCGGUAAACCGCAAUGCGUCAUCGUCCACGUCGAUGUCGGCACGCAGGGGCUGGGGGCUGCCGUACACAAUGCCUCCUGCGGUCGAGCCCCCGUCCUCAUCUUCGCUGGUCUCUCCCCCUUCACCAUCGAUGGGGAGAUGCGCGGGUCCCGCACCGAAUACAUCCAUUGGAUCCAAGAUGUCCCCGACCAGAAACAGAUUGUCUCCCAGUACUGUCGCUACUCGGCGGAAAUCCGAUCCGGCAAGAAUGUCAAGCAGAUGGUCAACCGUGCCUUGCAGUUUGCGACCAGCGACCCCAAGGGUCCCGUCUACCUGGCCGGCGCCCGAGAGGUCAUGGAGGAGGAGAUCACUCCCUACCAGGUGAAUCAGAAUGUCUGGGGUGCUGUUGCGCCGUCUGCUCUGCCCGCCGACGGAGUCGAGCUGAUCGCGCGUGAGCUCGCCGCCGCUAAAGAGCCGUUGGUCAUCGUGGGAUACUCCGGUCGGGUCGCGUGGGGUGUCCAGGAGCUGGUCACCCUGGCCGACACCUUCAAGGGAAUCCGCGUCCUUGAUACCGGUGGAAGCGACAUGUGUUUCCCCGGAGACCACCCGGCGUCGUUGGGCCUACGUUUUGGCGUGCACGACGCCGUUAAGACGGCCGACUUCAUCCUGGUCGCCGACUGCGAUGUCCCUUGGAUCCCGACGCAGUGUAAGCCCUCUGAGUCGGCCAAGGUUAUUCACGUUGACGUGGAUCCCCUGAAGCAACAAAUCCCCGUCUUCUAUCUCCCUUCAAUGGCCACUUUCCGGGCCGAGUCCGCCACCGCGUUCAAGCAGAUUAACGAAUACGUUGCGUCCAACGCCUCGUUACAGCAGACUAUCAAGUCCGAAGCAAGCACCGCCCUCGGCAAGCGUCGCGAAGAAGCAUACAAAAAAGCCCGUCAGGCGGUGACCGACCUAGCCGCAGUGCCCUCCGGCGGCGAUGACGCUUCCCUGAACGCAUCGUACUUCAUGUCCGAGGUCCGCAAGGGCUGUCCCGCCGACACAAUCUGGGCCAUCGAAUCCGUGACCCUCACCGGCAUCGUCGCCGACCAGAUCAACGCCACCCUACCCAAGUCGUGGAUCAACUGCGGUGGCGGCGGUCUCGGCUGGUCUGGCGGAGGCGCGCUGGGUAUCAAACUCGCCAGCGACGACCAACACGGCGGCAAGAACAAGGGCAAAUUCGUCUGCCAGGUCGUCGGCGACGGCACCUACCUGUUCUCCGUUCCGGGCUCGGUCUACUGGAUCUCGCGCCGCUAUAACAUCCCCAUCCUCACCAUCGUGCUGAACAACAAGGGCUGGAACGCCCCGCGCCGGAGCAUGCUCCUGGUGCAUCCCGAAGGGGACGGCUCGCGCGCCACCAACGAGGAACUGAAUAUCUCGUUUGCCCCGACCCCCGAUUACCCGGGAAUCGCAAAGGCCGCGUCUGGAGGUGAGAUCUGGGCUGGUCACGCAGGCACCGUGGCGCAGUUGGCGAAGCUGCUGCCGGAGGCCAUUCGGACCGUGCAGAACGGCACCUCGGCCGUGUUGGAAGCCCAGUUGGACGGAACCAUCGGGAAGUAUGUUGAGAAGAACUAG